CAAAAUCGUUGAUGUGGCAUGCCACGUCAUUAAAUAAUAAUAUUUUAAUUUUAUAAUUCAAUUAAAAUAAAAAUUAAGAAAUUCCAAUUCCAAACCUCCAAACCCUAAACUGAAUUAAACAUCCUCAUGGAAGCCCAUUUUAAAUUUGUCUCCUUCACCUUCAGAUCGGAAACCCAUUUUCUUCCUAACUAUAUUAAGAAUUUGUCUCGUUCACCUUCAGAUCGGAAUCAAACAUCCUCGUGGAAGCCUAUUUUCAAAAAUGACGACUCAAACGCUCACCGAACUGCUAAGCGCGUCGCCCAUGAGUUCCCCGACCGCCACGCCCCAUCCCAUUUGUUUCCGGCAAACUCGAUCUCACCCACCUCUCGCCUAGCCGCGGUCGGCAUCGUGGUCGCGCUCACUUUCCCCAACACCGUGAUUCGAGUCAGAGCAACAGCGGCGCCGCUCAACGCCGCCUGCACGGCGAAGGAAUUCGAGUUCUACCUAUCGGACUCGGAAUCCAAGCGAUUGCUCACUUUGUGCGAGGGAAACACGGCGGCCGAAUCCGCCGCUUCGAAGCUCCAAGUUCGCCACGCCACUGCAGCUCUCUCCGCAGAAGAUUCUAAGCUCGCGCUCUCUCUUCCUCCUCCGUCUGCGUCAAGAGCCAGCUCGCCGGACCGAAGUAGCAGGAGGGAGGCGCCUCCUGUUGACGAUGAUGUUUGAUUCAGUUUAGGGUUUGGAUUUGGGGCCAAGGGAUUUUGGGAUGAUAACAGGGGAAUUGGAAUUUCUUAAUUUUUAUUUUAAAUUAAAAUAAUAUUAUUUAAUGAUGUGGCAUGCCACAUCAGCGAUUUUUUGCUGAGUCACUAACGGAAUAGUGUUUAAUCGUUAAUAUUAACGGUCAAAGAAAAUUUUGGGCCAAAUUCGUCCAAUAGUUUCAAAAUUAGGCCAUGAAUGUCUUAUUUGAAAAAUGGGGCCAGAACUGUCACUUACCCCAAACUUCGGGCCAAACUAGGGUAUUAACCCAUUUUUAUAUCAUUCACAAGCAUACUACUUCUCUCUUAUUAUCAACUAGCUUUGACCCGGCCCGUUGGCCGGAUUCCUUUAAAUUACCGACGCAUUUGAAUGAGAGAGCAAAAGAGCUUAUCCUCUUCAAGACUUUUACAUUCAAAGUAUUAAUAUUUGUAUUUAAGAAAUUGUUAAAUAUACU